CUGCUUCUCUAUCUCUCCGCUCUCACAAGACUCGAUUACCCCCUUCAUCAACCCACUAAUUAAUAGUCUUCUGUACUGUAAUAACAUCAAUCACCUCUCUCCCCCUCUCUCUCUCUCUCUAUUCGCACUCAUUUCCUGCUCGUCCGCUUCUCUUCCUCAAUUCGUUCUGAUUCUUUUACCGAGAGACGGACAUUCUAUACAUAUAUAUAUUAGAUUGUAGCGAGUUGUUCGAGGAAGAGAGAGAGAGAGAGAGAGAGAUGUCGUUUUGGCGUGGGGGAUUCUUCAACAGCGAGUUGUCGAAGAAGACGUCCAUCUUCGGACUCAGGUUGUGGGUGGUGAUUGGAAUCUGCGUCGGCGCCGCUUUCGUCCUCGUCCUAUUCCUCCUAUCCCUCUGCCUCGCCUGCCGCCGCCGCCGCACCCUUUCCUCCUCCCUGAGCAAGAAGCCGCAGAAGUCCCUCAAGAUCCACCUCCAGGACCCCUCCCCACCGGUUUCCAAGGACAUCCCCGAGAUCCGCCAUCACCAAUCGGCCACCGCUGACACCGCCGCCGCCGAUGAUGUGCGGAUCCACAUCGGCAGUGCCGACCACCACAAGCACAACAGCCACCCGCGUUACCCGUUGGCACCGCCGUCCUCGUCCACGACGGGGACCGCCAGCGGGGAGACCAGUGGCACGCCCUCGUCCAAUGUGGGCGGCGGUGGCCCGCCAGAGGUGUCGCAUCUGGGGUGGGGGCAUUGGUACACGCUGCGGGAGCUGGAGGAGGCCACGGGUGGGCUGGCCGAGGAGAACGUGAUCGGGGAGGGUGGGUACGGUAUCGUGUACCGCGGAGUUUUGGCGGACAACACCACGGUCGCCGUGAAGAACUUGCUCAACAAUAGGGGCCAAGCAGAGAGGGAAUUUAAAGUCGAAGUUGAGGCAAUUGGGCGUGCCCGGCACAAGAAUCUAGUUAGAUUGCUUGGUUACUGCGCUGAGGGGGCAUAUAGGAUGCUUGUUUAUGAGUAUGUAGACAAUGGUAAUCUGGAACAGUGGCUUCAUGGAGAUGUUGGAGAAGUCAGUCCUCUGACUUGGGAUAUCAGGAUGAAAAUAAUUCUUGGAACUGCAAAAGGCUUGGCCUAUCUUCAUGAGGGGCUUGAACCAAAGGUUGUUCACCGUGAUGUCAAAGCUAGUAACAUUCUACUUGAUCAACACUGGAAUCCUAAAGUCUCAGAUUUUGGGCUUGCGAAACUCCUAUGCUCUGAAAGGAGUUAUGUGACGACCCGUGUUAUGGGGACUUUUGGAUAUGUGGCACCAGAAUAUGCUAGCACUGGCAUGCUGAAUGAGAGGAGUGAUAUCUAUAGCUUUGGGGUCCUUAUCAUGGAAAUUAUAUCAGGAAGGGCACCCGUCGAUUACACAAGACGUCCUGGAGAGGUGAAUUUGGUUGACUGGUUAAAGACCAUGAUUGGGGAUAGAAAGUCCGAGGAAGUGGUGGAUCCUAGGAUGCCCAAGAAGCCAUCUCCAAAAGCAUUCAAAAGGGCUCUUCUGGUGGCCAUCCGAUGUGUCGACCCUGACGCGCAUAAACGGCCUAAAAUGGGGCAUGUGAUCCAUAUGCUCGAAAUGGAUGACUUGCUAGUCCGUGAAGAAUGCAAACUAGACCGGGAUUCAUCUGCCAGUCAGUCAUCAGGCAGAUACAACCCAAUGGAAGAAGGAAGCUUGAGCAGGCGUGACCACAGGACCAGGUGGUAUUGACUUGUACAAGAAGGUCUGUGCUAUUCCCAAAUCCAACACUUUCACUAUCGCGUCUCUCAUCUUCGGAAGAGCAACAUGGGAGAGCAGUCGAUCUUUUAACGAACCGUACCAUGAUGACUAUCUAUAAAUUUACAUGCAGAGUUUCAAAAGGGAGCAUCAGCAUUCACCAUCCCUGCUAACUGCUACUAGUUGGUGGUGCACAUCAGUCGAAUUCCAAGAUCGAUGUUUUCUUCAGGUGGUCUCUUCACCAUUGGUUUCCGCUGUUUCUGACCUAUAUAUCUGACUCAUUCAUGUUUUAGUACACCUUGAUGCAUAAAUGUGUACAUGUAUGCUCACAUGAGAUUGAGCUGUCCCGGUCCACUAUUUAUCGUUCCCCUUUUAAGAUAGUUGGUUCCGACAAUCUUAAUUCAUUGUCGAGAUCAUAUUGUUCAUUAGCAACUGUGAUUGGUAAAUUGACCUGCCUAGACUUCCACCGGGUUUCUCAGUGUCUCAAUGCUGUCCUUCAAUCUGGAAACAGAGAGUUUUAAUCUAUGCACCUAUAUAAAUAUUUCUUCUUUUAUGCUUCCA